AUGGACAUGAGAAGCAAAGCAAGGACACUUUCUGGACCUGUGAGUGACCCUGCCAAGCUCCCGAGGUGGAAUUACGACGGAUCCAGCACCGGUCAGGCUGCCGGAGAAGACAGCGAAGUCAUCCUCUAUCCGCAGGUGAUCUUCAGGGACCCGUUCAGGAGGGGAAACCACCACCUGCUGGUGAUGUGCGAUGCUUACACACCUGCGGGGGACCCGAUUCCGACGAACAAGAGACACGCGGCGGCCAACAUUUUCGGACAAAUCGAAGCGGAGGAGCCCCUGUUUGGGAUCGAGCAGGAGUACACCCUGCUCUGGAAAGAUUCGAACCGGCCACUCGGCUGGCCCCUUGGAGGCUAUCCAGGCCCUCAGGGGCCUUAUUACUGCGGGAUUGGAGCGGACAAGGCGUUUGGAAGGGAGAUAGUGGAUGCACACUACAACGCCUGUCUUUAUGCCGGCGUCAACAUCAGUGGCAUCAACGCCGAAGUCAUGCCAGGCCAGUGGGAGUUCCAAAUUGGGCCAUCACCAGGCAUUUCUGCAGCAGAUGAGCUAUGGGUAGCUCGCUACAUUCUGGAGAGGAUCACUGAGAUGGCUGGAGUUGUGCUUUCCCUCGACCCCAAGCCAAUUCCGGGUGAUUGGAAUGGAGCUAGCGCGCACACAAAUUUCAGCACCAAGGCAAUGAGGGAGGAGGAAGGAGGAUAUGAACUGAUCAAGAAAGCAAUCCACAAGCUGCAGCUCAGGCACGCAGACCACAUCGCCGCCUACGGCGAAGGCAACGAGCGUCGGCUCACCGGAGGCCACGAGACGGCCGAGAUCAACACCUUCUCGUGGGGAGUUGCAGACCGUGGAGCGUCGAUUCGAGUUGGGAGGAAGACGGAGAAGGAAGGGAGAGGCUACUUUGAAGACAGGAGGCCGUCUUCCAACAUGGACCCUUACGUCGUCACUUCCAUGAUUGCUCACACCACGCUUCUCUGGGAACAACCAUAA